AUGCCGAAUGCGACCGGUUGGCGCGCGGGCACUGAACGGCAGAAAGGUGGCGCGAACAACGCCGAGAUGAAGACUCCCACGGUGCGCAAGACGGCGUCCAGGCGCGGCGUCGCCGCCACGGGCCAGAAGACGACGCCUCUGCGCGAAAGGACCCGGCCAAUUAGGCCGUCGCGGAGUCGCCGCGUUGUCGCGUCGCCGUGGCCGCCGGCGCUGCCGUUCCGGUCGAGGCGCCGCGCCGGCGUGCCGCUGGGCGACGCGCGGAGCGGCGUGGAGCGCGCCGGGCACCGUUGCUCCAGAUGGAGAUUGGCGCCGGGUGGAGCGGCCGAUGGGGAGAUGUGCACGUUUUUGUUUCUGUCCUUCGAGAAGCGAGAGGAUUUAAGUGGCAACUUCGCUGACUGCGAAGUUCGCGUGACAAUGUCCGGGGGCCUUACACGUGAGUUUGCAGGCCUGCCCUUGACGAUAUGGACAGCAGAUGCCCCUGCGAAGCAGGGCGGUGCGCCGUGCCGUGCCGUGGCGUUAACCUGUGUGUUAUGGCGUAGAGAGGCCUGGCGUACAGAGACGUGGCGUCGCGUGGAGCGUCAGCGUGGCGUGGCGUGGAGCGUCAGCGUGGAGCGGCGUGGCGUGGCACUUUCCCGGGAGGGUGUACCGCUGUGGAGGGCGGGCGGCCGGGGUCAGGCGCGCGCUCGCGGGCUCGGGCGCGGAGCGGAGAAACUGCGAGGAGAAACGCGCCGGCGCGGCUGGGGCGCGGGGCGGGAGCGAGGGCCGGGCGCGAAUCGACGCGGUCAAGAGGCGCUGCGCCCGCGCAGGCGGCCCCGCGCCAGCGAGGCCCGUGCGUGGUGCGUGCUGUGCGCCGCGUGCGCGCGCGCGCGUGUGUGGAUGUGGCCCCAGAUAAGGCUGAAAUUGGGCCUGUCGCCGGGGGCGUCGUGGGAGGCCCUGUCGCAAGCUGCCGGCGCGGAGGCGUGGGCCGCGUACGAGGGCGAGGGCGCAGAUGACGCGAUCACCGCGACGGCAGUGGAGACGGCGGCGGCGGCGACGGCGGCGGCGACGGAGAGCGCGGUGCGUGCGCUCGUGCGCACGUGCGUGCGGGCAGGGGACGGCGGCGACGGCGGCGACGCGUCGGCGCGCCGCCUGGCGGCGGAACCGAUUGCGCGCGCCCUCACCGUUACGCCAGGGGUGGCCAUUGAGCACGCCGCCGCGCCGCCCUCGGAAUUCUCCAGAGGGCGUUUUCACGGGCGAUUAGAGCAGGGCUACUCAAGUGGGCGGCCCACUUGCGUGCCCUGGUCCAGCGCUUAUCUGCGGCCCACCGGUGUUCCUGCCGUUUUGGGGGUGCGCGACAGGAUAGGCGGGUACUUCGGGGCGAUUCGCUGUAGUGUAUUGAGGGCGAAUGGCAGUCGGGACUACUGCGAGCAGCCUGAUCGCAAGUCUUGCAUUUGGGCAUCCGGGAUCCAGCUUGGGCCCGUUCGCUACAUCCGCGCCGCCCGCGACCGGAGCCGAUUUCCGAGCGCCCUCGCAGCUCAGCGCCCAAACACAACUGGCGUCCUCUCGCCCAGCGUGGCUGCACCGGCCGCGGAGCUACCAAUGAUGGCGGCUGCGGCGGCGGCGGCGGCGGCGGCGGCGGCGGCGGCGGAGGCGGGUUGCGCGUCGCCUUGGGCUGCAGCCGCGGCAGCAGCUCACUUUCGUGCUGACUGGAAAUUAGGGAAAGUUCUCGGCGUAUCGCGCGAAAUAUCUGCAGCAUCCUGA